UCCACCCUCAGUCAAUUGCGCGACUUUUAAGGGACUCUUUCCGUACAGACAGGAAGCAUCGGUUGCAUUUUAGUGGAACCGUGCGGGUUUUCGCCGCGUUACUUUAUAUCUACUCAGCACAUUUCUCCCAUUAUACUCGACGAUACGGAGGGAUAUACAAUGUUGCUGGACUGGAGCUCCGCUGCAAAGGUCUUCGAGUUCCUCCAGGACCAUUCCCUAUCAACUGCACUUCUCGUUGGCGUCAUUGUAUUCAUGGUACUCCGUUCAUGGUGGGACAUUAAAGGAUACUCCAGCAAGCUCCCACCGGGACCCAGGGGGCUUCCUUUUGUUGGAUAUUUACCCUUUCUUGGAAAACUUCAACAUGUUACAUUUUGGAAACUCUCAAAGAUUUAUGGCCCUGUCGUCAGGGUUAGAGUUGGGGCACAAAACAUGAUCACUCUCAACGACUUUGACUCUAUCAAAGAAGCAUUGACGAAGAGCGAGCUACUCAACCGACCUCCAACUGUCCUGGACCACAUCGGCAUGAGUGGCAUAGUGACGUUGAAUGGAGAAGCUUGGUUGGACAACCGAAGGUACUGUCUUCAUGUAUUGCGAGAUCUCGGUUUCGGUAAGAAAUCCAUGGAACAUCAUAUGAAGGAAGAAAUCCAGUACCUCAUUGAAAAACUGUCUGCAUCGACUGGAUCUCCUGUGCUCAUAUCGCAGUACCUUGUGCCGAGCAUGUCGAAUAACAUCACGGCUCUGGUGUUUGGAAGCCGUUACCCAUACGGCGAUCGCAGGCGACAGUUCUUGGACGACUCCCUGAGAAAAGUGGCCAAGUUUGUCAGCACCAGCAGUGUGUUAAACUUUCUGCCUCCAAUGUUGAACAAGCUGGUUUUAUUGCCUUUUACCAGGUGGGCUCCUCUCAUAAAGGCCGUUACAGAUAUGAAGGACUUUGUGAGGCGUGAAGUAGAAGCCCACAGGGAGACUCUCGACAAUUAUUCCAAUCGAGAUUUCAUCGACGGCUAUUUGAAGAAAAUGCACGAGAACGAAGGAGAUCCUGCGUCUAAUUUCACGAUGUCUCGUCUGGUGGGAAACGUCAUCAAUUUUUUCGGUGCUGGUUCGAAUACUGUUCAGCUGAGCAUUCAGUGGCACCUACUCAACUGCGCCCACCGGUUCUACGAAGUUCAGGCGAAGAUCCAGAAGGAGAUUGAAGAAGUAAUUGGGAAUGAACGGGCGCCUACUUGGGAAGACAGGAACCACAUGCACUUUACUAUGGCAGCCAUAUGGGAAAUGUACCGGUACAGGACAAUCGCUCCCAUGGGGUUCCCCAGAUGCGUUUCGAAAGAUACGUUCGUGCAUGACUACUUUUUACCUGCUGGUGCCGUGGUAAUGCCUAACCUUUGGGCAGUUCACAUGAACAAGGAGGUGUGGGUGAACCCGGAAGACUUCAUCCCCGAGAGGUUCCUUCGGAACAACUGCACUGAGCUCGCGGACAGGCCAGAACAACUCAUUUCUUUCUCGUUAGGGAAACGCAUGUGCCCCGGGGAAACCUUGGCUACGAUGGAAAUCUUCCUGUACCUGACGAGUAUUCUGCAGAAGUUUACUGUGCUUCCAGAACAAGGAAAGACAAUCGACAUGACAGAGCAGUCUCAUACCGUCACCGCUCCAUUGCCUCAGAACCUCCGGUUUGUUGCGAGAUAAGCAGUACCGGCUGCUCAAAGUAUAAGAGCUACAUUGUGCCUGCUUGAAUAACUUCCGCAAGAGGUCAGUUGACGCGGCAUUCUUGUGGUCUGUCUGAGAGCAGCAAGUUUCAAGAACAAUAACGAAACGUGGAACUUGUUUUUCUGGUGCUCUAGUAUAUGUUCUAAUUGUGAGGUCAUUCGCAGGAGCUUUAUAUGCGUGGCUUAACUUGCGUCACUUGCUUCUAGCUUUCUUCAGUGCUGGCUACCAUUUACACGCUCGCUGUCGUGGUCUUGAGCCGCCGUCUAUGUUCACACUGUUUUUCAUGGGACAUGACCUGGUAUACGACCCCUUUAUCUCCAUUUUUAUUUCGAUGAAGGGGUCGAGGGAUCGAGAAUUUGCUUCGUUUGAUCUAUUCAAAAUAAUUAUGUGAAUACAAAGGUGGGAAUUCACAAGGAACACAAGUGGAAGGAACCAUAUUAUCCGACUCGAAUAACCCAAUGCGUUUCAGUGGGAGCGGCGGCAGAGUAUACGUUCUGUAUUUUGAUGCCUUACUUUUGUAUUACAUACAUUUUGGGAAUUGUUGAAUUCAUAGUAUUGCAUGUUCCUCGGUAGCAAAAUAAGUUGUGAAGUGUCUGAAUAUUUUAUAUAUAUUGAUAUCUUUCUGUAGUUCCUAUGUUUUUCAAUAUUCCUUUUAUAUCUACACAUUUUUAUAUACAAGGUGUUACCCUAUAGAAGUCUACCCGUGCCGGCAUGCCGUGCUCGCCAAUUGCUCAAUGCAGGUGGGACGAUGUGUUGCCU